CCAAAGCCUUACGACCGCGAAAGAGAUUUUUUCCCGUCAACGUCCGGGCACCACUUUUACUAUCGAGACACGAGACUAUCGAAGCAAAGAGAGCGAUCAAAGCCAAACUUAACGGGUAUUAUCAGGAUAUCCACUUUAUAUUUUGGAGGAGUGGAGCAACUUGGCACUACUCUUAUCCUCUCGGGGCGACGAGAUGCUGGAGAGUUUGAGCCGGGCAGCCAUGGCAGGAGUUUUGGGAGCCUCAUCGUCUCUCACUGCUAGCAGGGGUGGGAAGAAUUGGGAGAGAGGUAGCCAUAGAGGACUAGCUGCUUGGAGGAGCUCUAGAACAGCUCGGCUGCCAGGAAUUGGAGACGUGUGCUACAGACUGGAAAGACCAACAAGAGCUUCUUCGCCAAUUUCUUCUUCUUCGUCUUCUUCCUCUUCGACAGCAGCACCCAGUGGUGCUGCUACCUCCUCGGCCAAAGGAAACAAAGGCAAUGGCAGCGCCACCAAAGAGGAUCCCGUCAAGAUGAUAUCCACGGAGCUCGAGUUCCAGGCGAUGCUGCGGGACGCGGGCGAGAAGCUGGUGGUGGUGGAGUACGCCGAGAGCCACAGCGUCAACAGCAAGCGGAUAUAUCCGGCCAUGGUGGAGCUGAGCCGGACGUGCCCGGACGUUGUCUUCCGCCUCAUACUGGCUGACGAGUCGGAGGAGACCAAGGAGAUGUUCCGCCGGGAGGGCGUCGCCAAGGUCCCCCACUUCAUCUUCUACAAGAGCGGCGAGAAGGUCCACGAGGAGGAAGGCAUCACCGAGGACAUGCUGCUCGGGGACGUGCUCUACUAUGGCGACUCCUCCAAGGCCAUCACCCAGCUCCACAGCCGCGGCGACGUCGAGGCCCUCAUCCGGAAGCACAGGGACGACGACAAGCUCGUUGUCCUCGACGUUGGUCUCAAGCACUGCGGCCCCUGCGUGAAAGUGUACCCCACCGUCAUCAAGCUGGCCAAGAAGAUGGCCGACACGGCCGUGUUUGCGCGCAUGCACGGCGACGAGAACGACGACUGCAUGGCCUUCCUCAAGGAGCGAAACGUCGUCGAGGUGCCGACGUUUCUCUUCAUCCGCGAAGGCGAGCUCAUCGGAGAAAUCCUGAAACAUCAAGGCGUCAUGUAGGUAGAGAAGAGUAAGAAAGAUUUGCUUACCGCUCUGUAACGAGAUGUAAUCUAAGCUUGCUCUCCUUCCUGCUAUCUCUUUCCUGCUAUCAGUAACUCAUUCCUCCUUGCCAGCACUUGAAACUCUUCUUACACCAUCCUGAGACUCCAAUAGAUAUUUGCCAUGGAUAAGGCCGCGCCAUGCCUCUCAUCCAGCCUCACCACCCUCCGGUAGUGCUUGAGCUCGAAGUACUCCUUUCCCUUGUCAACCAGGCCGGCAUGGCUGCAAGCGGCGAGGAUAAACGUGAAAGUGAUGGCAUCUGGACGGAGGCCUCUGUCUUGCUUGAGGUUGAAGAAGUCGAUAGCGCUCUCUGUCUGGCCUUGGCGACUGUAUCCUGUCGUCCAAAUCAUAGUGUCUUUCGUUUAAGAACCAAAUAAAUCGAAUACCUGUCGUGCUUCA